GUUAAUCAAGAACGGGUACGCUAUGCGAAAAAUUUUGAGGAAUAUUGGACUGAUGCAAUUAACGAAUGUAAAAUAAAAGAAGAUAUUUUGGUCUACGAAGCAGAAGAAGCUCGCAUUCAGGAUGAACUAUCGCGUCUUCGGCACAAACUAUCUGAAAUACAAGAAAAAGUAAAAAUGCAAAAUUCAAAAAAAUAUAACUUGUCCGCCGAAUCAAACCCACUUCAAUUACGUGCUCAUGCCGAUGAGCUUGGUACUAUGCUACCAGAUUGGAAGGCUCGUAAAGAUGUGAAAGAAGCUCUUCGCCGGCGCCUAUUCAAAGGCAAUCAAAUAGAAGCUCUUGUACCAGACAAAAGGAAUGAAAAACUUACUAUCAAAGGGAGAGCUCAAUACUGUGCGAAAACUGGAGAUCCAUAUGAUAUUUGGUUACAUGCUUUAGAUUUAAUCAAGACAAAAAAUGAUAGUGAUGAAGAAAUUGGUGACACUUCUUCUGAUUCCGAUACCAAUCCUGAUACUGAACCCGAACCUAAAUCUCAGCCUAAGAAUUAUAAUCCUUUUGAUGUCCAAAUCGCAGAAAUAGAUUCUAUGUUAGCAGAAAAUGCGAAGUUAGACUAUUAG